UGAGCCCCUGCUUUUUUCUCAGCAACAACGACGUGGCGGUGGUGGUAGUAGUGGUGGUGGUGGUGCUGGAGGAAUAUUAGCUUCGUCGUCAAUGCUGUUGUGGUUGGAUAGGGAGAGGGAGAUGUCGGCUAUGGUUUCGGCUCUGACGCAUGUGGUGACAGGAGAGGAGCAGAGUAGGUUUGAUGUGGUUAACGGUUCGGAUUCGCCGGCGGGGAAUGGUUUGUGCGGUGCCGUUGGAAGUAAGAGAGAAAGAGAAGAGGAAGGAGGUGGUGGUGGACAGAACAUGUUUGAGUCGGUUUCAAGGCUUUGCAGAACAUUUGGUGAUUUUCCACAACAGGGCUCACCUUCAUCCUCCUCUGUUUUUCCAGAGAACUCGAUCACAAGAACUCGAAGGACUACUAGCACCACACCACCUGUACAAACAGCAUAUGAAUAUAGUGCACCUCAAUUAUCAGAACAACCAAUAAGGAGAAAAUACAGAGGAGUGAGGCAGAGGCCAUGGGGAAAAUGGGCGGCUGAGAUCAGAGACCCGUUCAAGGCUGCCAGAGUCUGGCUAGGCACAUUCGACACAGCAGAAGCCGCCGCGCAAGCCUACGACACAGCCGCCCUGCGCUUCCGAGGCAACAAGGCAAAACUCAACUUUCCGGAAAACGUCAGACUCCGAUCACUACCAUCAUCAGCUGCAGAAAAUCCAAUGACGACGCAACCUACAGUUUCGGGUUCUUCGAAUGCCCUCCUGUCUAUUCCUACAUCCACCGAACCUAUUGUUCACUCCCAAGCAGCUGCUUCAUUCCAACAACAACGGCCUAUGAGUCUUUAUGAUCAGAUGGUUUUGUUAUCUUCGUCUUCAUCUCCAUCAGCUACUUCUUCUUCUACACUCGCCUCCUCUGUUUCCUCUGCUUCUUCUUCGCCACCACCGCCUGCCUUUUCCUCACUUUUUAGUGCUCAGGCAACGUCACCGGUUCAGCUCAGACAAGCUACCGGUGAUCAGACUGGCGGAGCUGAUUUUUCAGUGCAGCAGCAAUGGUCAACGAGCUCCGGUCAUUACAGUACUUCCUAGAUGAUCGAUUUGAUCAUUUUUUUUUUCGCUUCUUUCUUUUCUCCAUUAAACAUGACAUUUUUUCCGGUUGUGAAAUCCGUUCUCGUUAGUUGCUGCAUCAUUUCCUUAGCCCUACUCAUAAAUAAAAUUUUAUUUUGUAUUC